AUGUCUAAUGAAUAUUCUAGACCAUCUCAGUGCAAAAGAACCAAGAUUCAAGCGGUUUUCCAGAUCGCUCGCCAUGGGCCAAAAAUUUCGCUUCGUUUUUCCCCAAAGAAACUUCUUCAAAUCCAACAAUUCGCUCAAAAUCACCGGCCAGUACUCGAACCAACCAUUUCUGCUAACUGUCAGUAUACUAGCCACUAUCAGCGCGAGUUGGUCUAUACCUUCAAUAUAAAUUCCGGUCUAGGCCCUAUCAUUGCGUAUCAAAUUCUCUACGGCAUAGGCACCGAAAUCUCAGUUCAGAUCCCUAUUGUUGUGGCGGGAGCAUUGAGUUCCACAGAAGAUCGGCUUGUUCCCACGGCGACUGUUCUGUGUAUUAACCGUGAAGAUAUCAUCGCUGUCAGGUCAAGUGGGCUUGAAUAUGGCAUCUCGGUCCCAGCGCUCCUAUCUUGA